AGGGGGGGGGGCGGACUCCCGCGCCCGAACAUGGCCUCCUUCCCCGCCGAGCCUCCCGGCCGCGGCCCACCCGCCGCCCCGCCGCCCGCGGCCAGCGCCGGAGCAGAGCCGCACAAACUUUUGCCAACUUCGUCGCCCGCCCCGUCCCGCGCGGAGCCCGCCGCGGCUCCUCCCGCAGCAACAGCAGCAGCGGCGGCGGCGGCUUCUCCUCCUCCUCCUGCUGCUGCUGCGGCGGCCCCGGCCGCUCCCGCUACUCCGGCCGCCGGCCUGCCGCGCUUCUCGGCCGAGCAGGUCUCGUGCGUGUGCGAGGCGCUGCUGCAGGCGGGCGACCCGGGCCGGCUGGGCCGCUUCCUGGGCUCGCUGCCGGCCGAGGAGGCGUCGCGGCUGGAGGCGUCGGGCGGCGGCGAGAGCCUGGCCAAGGCGCGGGCGCUGCUCGCCUUCGAGCGGGGCGACUUCGCGGAGCUGUACCGGCUGGUGCAGAGCCGGCCCUUCGGGGCGCCCCACCACCCUUUCCUGCAGGACCUCUACCUGCGGGCGCGCUACCGGGAGGCGGAGGCGGCGCGGGGCCGGGCGCUGGGCGCCGUCGACAAGUACCGGCUGCGCAAGAAGUUCCCGCUGCCGGCCACCAUCUGGGACGGCGAGGAGACGGUCUACUGCUUCAAGCGCCGCUCCCGGGCCGCCCUGCGCGACUCCUACGGCCGCAGCCGAUACCCGAGCCCCGAGCAGAAGCGCCGCCUGGCCCGCGACACCGGCCUCUCCCUCACCCAGGUCAGCAACUGGUUCAAGAACCGGCGGCAGCGCGACCGGGGAGGCGGCGGCGGCGGAGCGGCCGGAGGAGCCGCGGGAGGAGGAGGAGGAGGAGGAGGAGGCACGCCCAGCAAGAGUGAAUCGGAUGGCAACCUCAGCACCGAGGACGAAUCUAGCCGCGGUCCAGAAGAAACCGAAGCCGUGCGGGCCCUGUCCGCCAGCCACGAGGGACUCGCGGGCCCCGGCAGCCUCUUCCUCCCCGGCGCCUGCACCAGCGCCUCGUCCAUCCUCCUGAACGGGAACUUCAUCACGGCCAGCUCUCCCCCGGCCGUGCUCCUCAACGGGGGCUCCGUCAUCCAGACCCCCGCCGGAGGGGUCAUCCUGAACGGGCUGACGCUGGGAGACAACCAAACCAUCACCCUCAGCCCCGUAGCCGCUCCCAGCCCGCCCAUCCUCCUGAACGGCUCCGCCAGCCUGCUGAGCCCUAGGACCCCCAAGGCGGAGGAGAUGGGCAAAGCUCCCCUGGAGACCCUCUCCCCAGCCACGGUCAUCCUCAACCCGGCGGCUCUCCAGGGAGAGGUGAAGUCGGAGAGCAUGGACCCGCUGGCGUUCGGGGUGGAAAUGAAGCCGGAGUCUGCUGGACAGGGGGCAGUUCUCCCUCCCCUCCUGUCUCUCCCGGAGGCCUCCCCGCUCCUCUCCGAGCACAAGGGGGCGCUGUUGGCUGCGGUGCCCAUGCCCCAAGUGGUCCCUUCCAAUGAGGAAAGCCCCACAAUCCCCCUGUUGCCCGUAGCCCCUCAACCGGCAGCGCCCCAAAGUCCGCAGAUUGUGCCUCUUGCUAAACUGGUCCCUGUCGGUCAAGCUCUGCCCACUUCCCAGGGAACAGGGCCAGUGGGGGGUGGGCCCACAGGGGCGGCAUCUCCUGCCAUCUCUGCCGCCCCUGUCCUCUCUGUCCCUGGGUCCUCCGCAGGCCAGGCCACGGUCCUCCACGUUUCUGCCCCCUCGCUUCUCCCGCUCAGCCAGGUCUCGCCCCCUUCCCAGGUGGUCCCUCUGUCCCAGACGGUUCCCGGGGCCCAGCUGCUGUCCCCACCUCAGAUGGUCCCCGUGUCUCCCACUCAGAUCUACACCAUGUCCCACGGGGCUCCGGCCCCUCAGCUAGUCUCCAUCCCUCAGGUGGCGCAGGGCUCCCAGCUCAUCUCCUUGCCCCAAGUGGUGCCCACCUCUCAGGUGGUGACUCUGCAGCCAGGCGUGGGCAGCCCCAUCCAGAUCCUGACAAGCGCCGCCCCUAUCAAGGUGGGCCCUGUGGCCGGGGCCCCACAAGGCACGGGAGUCGCCGGAGGCCUCGCCCAGAACAACGUCCAUCUCCUCAACACUGGCGUUGGCGUCACCGCUCUGCAGCUUCCAGGCACAGCACAAGGUAACCUCGUGCUGGCCAACCCGGCCACCGGCAACAGCACCAUCGUCACCGGCAUGGCCGUCCAGCAGGGCAAGCUCAACCUCACCGCCACCUUCCCGGCUAGCGUGCUGAUGACCCUGGUGCUCUCCGCUCCGGCCGCCUCGACCUUGACUCUUCCCAUCAAGCAGGAGGUGGCAAUGGCCACGCCGGCAGCUCUGGGAGCCCCUGAAGGCAACAGUGGGUUGCUUGUGGGAGUCCCCUCGGUGCUGCCUGCGGACGCCUCUCCUCUUCCAUCCUCCGACAGUGCCGCCAGCGUGGCCUUCAGAGCAGACGCCGCCCCAGGUACUCUCCUUUCCAGCUUCUCCCAGCCGGAGAGCCUCUCCAUGUCUCAGCCGCAGGUCGUGUGGUCCAACCCGGUGAGCAUGGCCCUGCAGGGGAGCAACUCCGGGGGCCUCUUUGAGGUGGAGAAGGGGUCCAUGGAGGAGCUGCGGCUGCCCGAGGGUGAGGGUCUUUUGCUGGCUGCUGCUGCUGGGGGGGACCCGCUGGGCCCCGAAGCUCUGGACUCGGAUGAAAAAGUGCUGACUCAGCUGCAGUCGGUCCCGGUGGAAGAGUCUCUGGACCUGUAAGACACUUGGUGAGUUGUCACCUUCCAGACAACCUUCGAACUGAGAAUUCGGACCUCCUGAUCUUUCCCAGAGUAACCGAGUUUGGGAGCCCUCAAAGUGCCUCGAUCAGAGAAGACGCUUCCCUGCCCAUUUUUGCGGUCCCAUCUUUGCACAGGAACGUUGUCUCCCCCUACAAGGGUUCUCCGCCCGACCCUUCAUGUUGACCAUAACAAACCACUACUGGUGCGGCCAACCAGGGAGUCCCUGGGUGGUUGUCAGAAUAGCAAACACUACAAUCCUGGGAGUUUUUUGACUUUCAACCAGUCGUUGAAGGGGCACGGAAAGUUAUGACGGACUUUUGAAAAGCUACAUAUGACCUCUCCUCAAAGUUGUGACCAUGGUGUUGCCCCUUCCUUGGGGAGGGGGGUGUCAUGUGAUCACAUUCCGGGUACCUAACAAUCAGCUCACAUUUACAACUGGUUGCAGGGGCCUGCAGUCUUGUGAUCGCAAUUUGCUGAAUUUUUUUUUGUAAGUUUCCAAUCGUGUUUUUCACGAUUCCACCGUUUCGGAUGGGAAUGUCCACCCAGAGGAAAAUGGAUUUGCUUAAUGCCCACGUGUUUUGCUUAACAACUGUGCUGACUCACUUUACAGCUGUUGUAAAAAAAAAAGGGCCUUAAAAUCAAGUCCAGUCACGCGGGGCCUUGAUUUACGACCGCAACUACAAUUGCAAUUCCAGUUGCAAUUGUGGUGCUACCUAAAUCAAGAAAUGCUUCAUCCAGCAAAGGAAGAGCUGCUUCCAUUCCCCGUUGUGAAGGUCACAAGACAUUUCCUUCCGUGUCCUUCCUUUCUACUAGACACGGCUCUCUGUUUCCAAAGUCACACUACAUCUUGGGCAGCUGAGAAGGUCUCCACUCAAUCCAGGGAAAUUUUAUGAUAUAAAGAAACAUUUCCUGUCCUCUCAUCCAUGGUGCUAGGGAUGAUCCAAAAUCCCCAAAUUGGAGAGGCAGGGAAAUUAUCCAAUUUCCAUGCUUUCAUUCUCGGAGGCCUUGUCAUCCCUCAAGAAGGUCCCCUCUGGAAGUAUGAAGAUAGUGAAGGGGCGCAUCUGGAGCCUCCCGAUGGAUAAGUUGGAGAAGGCCGUUCUGGGCGAUGGGCGUGCAAUCCUAGUUCGAAUAACCCCGUUCCGAAAUAGAUCUCGUCCUUCAGAGAAGAAAAGGGCAGCUUGGAUGUGUCUCCCGACGUGCCUAGUUGGUGGAACAGAUGUUUUGAAUCUGAAGAUAAGAGUACUAAGAAAACGUCAGGCUAACCAUGACCAUCCUAUCCAUGGACGAUGCAAAAAUGGUGUGGAUUCUGCACAGGUUGGUCCGACGGUUAAAUGGUACCUAGAUUCUACAUACAGAACGAGCUUCUUAAGCCACGAGGAUGCUGAGCUCCUCUAGAACAUCUUUGUAUUUUUGGACCGAGAGCCAAAGGCAGCUGUCCGCCAUAGUUACUUUCACCUGCGAUGGGUGGAACGGCUUGGGAGAGAUGGAAAUAAUUCUGCGUUAUUGCCAAAUGGAGUUCCUCCCCAAGCAAUCCUCCCCGAAAUGGAUGGCUUCUCUCUUUUGAACACGUUGAAAUCCUAAAGCCAGUGCUGGAAAAAAAUAUAUGCAUAAAAUCUGUUUCCAAAAGACAGUCCUUCUAAAAACACAAUUCCCCACACUUUGUGUAAGUUAGAUGCAAUUCUGCUGCCUGCAUGUUUGAGUUUUUAUGUGGAUAUAAGGAGGUGGGGAAAGUACCAUUUUAUUCACACUACAUUCAUACAACCUUUAGGAAAUUGAGUAACUUGUGAGAAUGGAUUUUUUAGGAACCGAAAGUAUGCCAGUCAUGAAAUGAAGUUGAGAUUUAC